AUGGUUUGUCCUUUCAGGGCACCCUUCAAAAAUGGCGCAUAUGUAGAACACUACAAGGUGAAUGCACUGUUGUUAGCCACCUGAUUGCGAUCUAGUUCAAUCUAUGCUGUGAAACUAUCAAUCUAUGAUAUUCCGUUCAAUAUUUUCCUUCAAUAACCUAUUUUCGGAUCGGUUAGCAGAUCAAAACACCAGUGGAUAACCGGUGGGACAACCCCGCCAGAAUGGCCACUGUGCUCCGCAACAGAGCCAGGCUGGUGAGCUACCUUCCAGGGCUUCAUGUUCUGGUGGGGCGUGUGCGCGUCGCGGGGUCCCGGGCCUUCUCUGCUGCUGGUUCCUCUGGCUCCGAUGAGCCAAACGUAGCGGUCGUCCCUCCUGAUAUGGGCCCCAGGACGGUUUGGCCGGAUGAGUCCAUGGGUCCCUUCGCUCCUCAGGACCAGCGCUUCCAGCUGCCUGGUAACGCAGGGUUCGACUGCCACAUGGAGUGGACGGCGGGCCAGAAGAAGACCCCAGUCCACAGCACCGUCCCCGACCUCCUGUCGGCGCCGUCCAACAGUGAGCGGCACGAGUUCAUACUGGCCCAGUUUGUCGGAGAGUUCUGCGGGAGUGACAGCCCCGUUUCACCACAGCUGGUAAACAGAGCAGAGCAGUACUUUGCUACCUCCAACGUAGAGUGUGCCAUUCAGUCCUGCCCCGACCUGCUCAAGAAAGAUUUCCGUUCCAUGUUCCCUGAUGCACCAACCGUCGGCAUGAUGGUCGUCACGGUUACCCAGAAGACCAAGAAUGACAUGACUUCCUGGAGUGAGAAGGUAGACGAGGAGAGAGAACAGAUGCUUGAGAAGUUCAUUGCUGGAGCAAAAGAGAUCUGCUAUGCCCUGCAGACGGCAGGCUACUGGGCUGACUUCAUCGACCCCUGCUCCGGCCUGGCGUUCUUCGGCUCGUACACCAACAACACACUCUUUGAGACGGACGAGCGCUACCGCCACCUGGGCUUCCAGAUCGAGGACCUGGGUUGCUGCAAGGUGAUCCGACACACGCUGUGGGGCACGCACGUGUUCGUGGGGACCAUGUUCACAGACGCACCGGCCGACAGCCCAGUCAUGAAGAUGCUACAGGGGAACUGAAUGCUUUUCCUGAGAGGGGAGAUUACAUAAAUAAAAAGACUCUUGUCUGAGGAUAAAGUUCAUUUGUGGACGAUGAUGCCUCUUUUUUUUUUUCUUUUUCGUAGAGAGCUUCUGAUUUUUUUUGGUGGGAUUUUUCAUCAAGAGAUUGAUUGAGUUACCACCCCCUAUAUAUUUAGGCCCCAUGAUAGAUAUAGAUAAUGAAAACAAUUAUGAACUAAAAUUGAAGUCGCCCGGAUGUCAACAUUUUGUUAAUAAGCUAAGCAAUACAGUUCCCCGGACAUCCCAACUUGCCAUACACGCCACAACUCUCAUAUUUAAUUAUAAUUAUUAAGACUGUGACUGACUCUGCCCACGUGCACACUCUUUAUUUUGAUAAUAAUCAUUUGAAGUUUGAACAUCCGUUGAUAUUUAUUUACCAAACUGAAGUGCCGUCUACCUCCGGACUGUUGGUCGUUGAGCUGCUUCUUCCCCUCCCAACAGGUUGAGUGACUUGAAUUGAAAAGGGAGCUGGUUUUCUUGAAAUUACCUCGUCAUUGUUUGCUUCACAUGUGGAUUCGCUUUCGAAGCAACCUUCCACAAGCGCCAUCUAUUCUUGUUGCCUUCUCAUACCGAGACUGAAGUAGAGUCUAGUCUAGUCUAUUUGUUGGAUGGUGAAAGCAGUGCUGGUGUAAAACAAAAGGGUGUAGAUUAAGUUUAUUUUUAAAUAAGAGUAUUCUUAUAGCCCUUUGUUCCCACAUGAAAUGCAAUAAAAUAUUGUAUUACCUUGUGGCUGGUAUUGUUUAUUUUAAAAUUGAAGGAAUUUGGAUAUUAUAAGUCCUGUGGUUUUAAUAUUGGAAUAUAACAUUUGCUAUCCAUUCUUGUCAUUAACUAUCAAGUCGCUGUGUUGACACAACUGAUGAAUUAAUUUGACUGGCUGCCAUAGAAAUCUAUAAUCAUUAAACAUCAAAUCAAAGUGGCAGUUUUGAUAGUCUUGUGAAAUAGCUUUGAUGCAAUGCUUGUGACAUAGAAAAUAUGGACCGUUUUUUCAUCUAAUCAAUACGAGUAAAAAUAUAAAUGCGUUCAGGUGUAUUUUGUUAACAUUAGAAUAAAAGUACUCAUUCAACUCUUCACCAUGUCCCUGUAUUGUAAAGGUGAUUUUGAUCCAACACCUGUCGGCGCAUAACAAAUGGGAUGAUGUCAUAAUUUUCUUUCUCUUAACCGUUAAAGGGCAAUUCCGGU